CCAAAAAUGUCGUAUAAAAUAGUUGUUCGGAGUUUCCGUACACUCAGUUAUGUGGGAAGCUAUAAAAAGUUCAAGGAUCGACCUAUCAAUCUGUACUGUGCAGCACUGCUAGGCGCUGGCUACAUAGCGUACAGUCAACACAAAAACAACAAAGCAGACAUGAAGGAAAUCAUGCAGCUCCAGAACUACAUGGCAGAACCCAUCACGCCCAUAGACAAACUGGAGAAAACACAGAAUGACAUGAAGACACAAAUGGAACUGCUCAUCAUGAGGAUACAGGCAGAGUUCUGUCGGGCAUUGGAGAAAGAGGAGGACCAGGCAUGGGAAGAUGAGAAAACGGUUGAUGAUUAUGAUUUUGAUGAGGACCUUUAUGUUACAUAUCCGGACGCAAAGUUCAAAGUGGACCGCUGGCUUCGCAGCGAGGGCGGCGGCGGAAUCACGUGCGUGCUGCAAGAUGGCCGAGUCUUCGAAAAGGCCGGCGUCAACAUUUCCGUGGUGUCUGGCACCCUGCCUCCAGCCGCUGUUCAGCAGAUGAGGAGCAGGGGUAAAAACCUUCAGAACACCGAUCUGCCAUUCUUCGCGGCCGGGGUCAGCGCAGUCAUCCACCCCCGGAACCCCAUGGUGCCGACGAUACACUUCAACUACCGCUACUUCGAAGUUCAAGACAAAGACGGUGUUCAUUGGUGGUUUGGCGGAGGCACAGAUCUAACGCCAUACUACUUGAAUGAGGAGGAUGCAGCACACUUUCACCUCACUCUAAAACAUGCAUGCGAUGCACAUGACGAAACCUAUUAUGCCAAAUUCAAGAAAUGGUGCGACGACUAUUUCCACAUACCGCACCGCGGCGAGCGUCGCGGCGUCGGCGGCAUCUUCUUUGAUGAUCUAGACACGCCCAGCCAGUACACCGCCUUCAACUUCGUCACCAGCUGUGCCGAGGCCGUCAUCCCGAGCUACCUGCCCAUCGUCCAGAAGCGCAAAGACGACGCGUACGGUUACCACGAGCGGCAGUGGCAGCUGUUACGGCGCGGGCGCUACGUGGAGUUCAACCUCAUCUACGACCGCGGCACCAAGUUCGGGCUGCACACGCCGCAGGCGCGAUACGAGUCGAUACUCAUGUCGCUGCCGCUUAAUGCUAAAUGGGAAUACAUGCACGAACCAAAAGCAAAUUCUCCUGAAGAAAAACUUAUGAAAGUUUUAAAAGAGCCCCGAGAUUGGAUUAAACUGGAAAAUGAAACGACACGGAAAUCUGCUGCCUGAAAUUAAAAUAUGUACUUAUUUGGGGGUGGUCACAAAUAAUUAUGAAGUAUUGUGAAGAGACUUUUUAUAAAAUCGAAUUGUAUUUAUACUGAAAUCGUAAUUUAUUGUAAAUUAUAUUUUUAUAAAGUUGAGAAUACAUAAAUCAA